AGUCCACACUGUAAUCACACUGCCGAAGGAUCCUAGUAUGUGCCUUGUAAAUGAAUCUGAAGAUAAUCUAUGCCCUGCCAUGGAAAUAGAAAAUGUGUUCUCAACUGUAGGAUCCUGUUUCCGCUAUAUUAAUAUGACAACUUCAUCAGCUGGUCAAAAACCCAUAACCUCGUUGUGGUUCUCCACCAUUUUUUCCAUAAUUGGCCUUGGCUCAAAUCUAUUUGCUUUUUGUGUUUUAGCUAAUGCAUCAAGAAAAACUCAAAGUCGCUCACGGUCCUCUUUCUUAAUAUUUGUUCUUGGACUGGUGGUAACUGAUUUCAUGGGACUAUUAGUAACUGGUAGUAUUGUGGUGUCUUACCAUAUUACCCAUUUUGACUGGCAAGUGUUUGAUGAAAACUGUCAUCUUUGUACUUUUUUUGGACUUUCUAUGGUCUUUUAUGGACUAUGCCCUCUCCUUCUUGGUGCCUCCAUGGCUGCUGAACGCUUCUUUGGUAUAAACAGACCUUUUUCUCGUUCUGCCAAUGUUUCAAAAAAAAGAGCUUGGGGCAUUGUGAUCAUUGUUUGGAGUUUUGCUUUCUUGUUGGCUUUACUGCCAAUUAUGGGCAUUGGAAAAUAUACAUUACAAUUUCCUAAAUCCUGGUGUUUUCUAACUCUGCUGCAAGAUUCAAAGAAUAAAGCAUUUGGAUUAAUCUUCUCACUGACAGGCAUAUUUGCGGUCUGUCUUUCUUUCAUCCUCAACACUAUCAGUGUAGUGACACUCUGCAGAGUUUAUCAUGACCGUGAGUCUGUUCAGAGAAGAAGAGAUAGUGAAGUAGAAAUGAUGGUCCAGCUUGUCGGGAUCAUGAUCAUUGCUAGCCUGUGUUGGCUUCCAUUAUUGGUAAGUUUCAGUAUUCACUUCCAAAUGUAA